UUUAAACCAGCCUCCUUCGCUUUCCGUAGUGGCAGUCAAAUGUUUGACAACAACAACAGUGCUUUUAAAGCCUCUCCUAUUUGCGUUUUUUAUUUAAGUGCGUUAAGGUCUACAAUUAAAAAGCUUUGGGACUUUACAUGCAAUGUAUUAUGUAAAUCUACAGAGACUGGCAUAAGGUUACGCGAGACUGACAACUACUUAUAGUGAAAGUGUAGCAAACGUUACCUUGCUAGCUAUCCUGUGAAAGCAUGAAACUCCGCGUGAGGAUCAACAAGCAGACCAGUCGGGUGGAGCUGGAGGGAGAGAGCCCAACUGUGACAGAACUCAACAUUAAAAUCAGAGAGAUCCUUCUGCCUUCACAUGGACUUAGCCCAGACACAGAGAUGACCUUGUCCUUGAAUGGCUCAGAGCCUCUGUCAGACACCGGACAGACUCUGUCCUCCUGUGGCAUUGUCUCUGGAGACCUGGUCUGUGUCAUUCUGCCUCCAUCUGUGGCCCCCAGCCUCUCCCCUUCAGCAUCACCCAUCCUGACCUCCAGCUGUAGCAGACAGGUGGAUGAAGUCAUACAGCCAGUAGCCCAACACUCCAGUAAGGCCAGCCCCAGCGGAGAGGAGGAGCCUCAACAGGAAAUGGUCAGAGAUGAGUACCAGGAUGAGGAAGAGGAGUCCGGGUGGGUGUGGGAGCCCAUGCUGUGUGAGGAGGCGGAAGAGGGCAAGGUGCCUCAUUCCCUGGAGCUGCUGCACCACCAGGCAGGAAGCAGCAGUACCUGUGACGCCCUGAUGGUGGCAGUGCACCUCCUCAUGGUGGAGACGGGCUUCACGCCCCAGGGCUCUGAGGUACGUUCUGGGGAGAUGCCACCUGGAUGGAGGGCACCAGGAGGCGUUUACAGACUUCAGUACAGCCACCCCCUCUGUGACAACAGCCUGGCCAUGGUUCUGGCUGUCCCCAUGGGAGCCCUGCUGGUUAUCAACGCCUCUCUGAAGAUGAACCAACAGGUGGACACAGUGAGGAAACUGUCUCUGAAGCCUGGUGUCUACGUGACAGAGCGGUGGACUGUUGAGAGUGCAGCAGAGGUUUACACAAACCUGAAGAAGCUGUCACGGGUUUUUAAAGACCAUCUGGUGUAUCCUCUGAUUGCUACAGCCAGAGAAGCCAUGGCGCUGCCCCCUGUGUUUGGGCUACCGGUCCUCCCUCCAGAGCUGUUACUGAGGGUGCUGAGACUGCUGAAUGUGUCCUCCCUCCUGGCCCUCUCCUCGGUCAACAGGCAGCUGAACCAGGCCACUGCAGACCCAGCCUUGUGGAGACACCUCUACCAUCGAGACUUCAGAGACAGUCGUGACCUCAGUACUUCUAGAGAGACCAACUGGAGAGAACUCUACAAGAAGAAGUACAAGUGGAGGAAGGAGGCAGCCCACUGCCCCCGCCACAAGCCUCGCUACUUCAUUCCCCCUCUGUACCCCCUUCGCCCCCUCCCUAACAACCCCAUCCCCCUCUACCCACCGGGCAUCAUCGGAGGGGAAUACGACCAGAGACCUGGCAUCCUACCAGAAUACUUGCCCCGCCCACGCUAUGACCCCAUUGGUCCACUGCCAGGUCAUGACCCCACAGCGGCUGGGUUGAUUGGACGACGAGGGUUGAGGCCUGCUGGGAACCGCCCUUCUGACAUCAGAAGAGGUUUCAUCUGACCCCUGACCUGUGCCCUCUGCUGGUGGUGUGUUGUGUCCUCUGGAGGGUAUCAAAUAAAAGUAAACUGAGGCUGAUUGCUAUGCUUUCCUGUUUGAAAAUAAUAACGUCUGACUGGCCGAGUGUAGUCCUGGGUAAAUGGCUGUCGGGCCCAGAGUGCUUCCUGUCUGGACACGCAUAACUACUGUUGUUGCUGUACCACUGACCCCCAUCCAUAUGGCUUACAACCUCCUCCUCGGCCCUGAAUGCACCAGCUAAGCGCUGAUCCACGUCUGGCUCCUAACAGCCAGAUGAGGGCAUCUGGAGUGCCUUGGGAAGUUGAGGUGGGAAAGGUUUUUGUGAGGCACUUGUUUACUGCAGUCUGGAGCUUUCAAUAAAACAUAAAUGGAAAUUGA